AGUAGGGUUGUAUUUUUGUUGUAGUUGUACUUAUUAGUACAAGUACACUAUAUACAAGUGUGUUGUGUGUUGUGUGAACAACUAAGGGACUGGUUUGUUUGUUCUUACACCUUAUGUAAUAAGAAAUGACAUUCUCCUGCGGAUUUACGUUUAAGAGAAACAUUGUGCGUGCACUGUUAGGUGUACAGGUGGAAAAAACGCGUGACAUUUGAUUUAUGUCAUCGGAUGCAGAGAUUUACAGUCCCAGCCCGCUGCUCUCGUUUCGUAAAUGGCUGAUCUGAGGUCAGAUCGCGCGGAUUGUUUAGCGCUUUCAGCGUGCUGCGGUGCAGAGUGGAGGCGGAGUCUCGACGCGGUUGCUAAGACGACGGGCCGCUUGUAAAUAGCGUGUUCUCUUCUCCAUUCGAACUCGAACACAUUUCUCGCGGCGCGCGGACACGCGGCUGUAACUGUGCCUCAGACUCGCUCAACAACACAGAUCCGGGUUUUUUGACUACUUUCGAUCUCAGGAAAUUGCUAUUUGUAUACGCUUUCAAUUUUUCAUCAUAAAGCAAAUAUUUGGAUGAGACACCGCAAGAGAUGGAGAAGUAUGAGAAAAUCAGUAAGAUCGGGGAAGGCUCUUACGGCGUUGUGUUCAAGUGCAGGAAUAAAGACACCGGGCAGAUCAUUGCCAUCAAGAAGUUUGUGGAGACUGAGGAUGAUCCCAUCAUCAGGAAAAUAGCGCUGCGAGAAAUCCGCAUGCUGAAGCAACUGAAACAUCCAAACCUGGUGAAUCUGAUUGAGGUGUUCAGAAGAAAGAGAAAACUGCACCUGGUGUUUGAGUACUGCGACCACACCGUCCUAAAUGAGCUGGAAAGAUACCCAAGAGGCGUUCCAGAGCACAUGGUUAAAAGCAUCAUCUGGCAAACACUUCAGGCUGUGAACUUCUGCCACAAACAAAACUGUAUCCACAGAGAUGUGAAGCCUGAAAAUAUUCUCAUCACCAAACAUCAGGUCAUCAAACUCUGUGACUUUGGCUUUGCCAGGAUCCUCACGGGUCCUUGUGAUUAUUACACUGAUUAUGUAGCGACACGGUGGUACAGAGCUCCAGAACUGCUAGUAGGAGACACCCAGUAUGGUCCACCAGUGGACGUCUGGGCAGUAGGGUGUGUGUUUGCAGAGCUGCUCUCUGGUGCUCCUUUAUGGCCGGGCAAAUCCGAUGUAGACCAGCUGUAUCUGAUCAGUAAAUCUCUGGGCGAGUUGAUUCCUCGACACCAGCAGGUGUUCAGCACUAACCAGUUCUUCAGCGGAGUUUGUGUCCCUGAACCACAGGAGAUGGAGCCUCUUGAACUGAAGUAUCCAAAUCUCUCGUACCAGGCGCUGAGCCUCAUGAAGGGUUGUCUGCGGAUGGACCCAGCUGAGAGGUUGUCCUGUGAGCAGUUACUGGAACUGCCAUACUUUGACAGUCUGCGAGAAGAGAGCGAGAGUGUGACACGUGAACUGGACCGCAAGAGACGUACGCGCAAACCACGCAAACACCUGCCUCCUGGGUAUCUGCCUCAGUUGGCCAGCAGUACCAUCUUCCCAGCCGUGGAGAACAGAAAAUACUACAACAACCUGCGCAGAUUCAACUGUCAUCUGCCCAACAUAUGAUGGAUAUCAACUCAUCAGGAACCCGAGAACUGACCGACCACCUCCCAGCUUGUGUGUGUGUGUGUGAGAGAGAGAGAGAUAAGACAAAGGGCUCUGCUCUGCCUGUAGAACAAUGAUGUCACACUGCCAAAGACUCACAGAGGCAUUUCUGUAAUACGUAAAAUGACAACAUCAGUACUAAUAUUGUUAAAACUGAAUGCUGUGCUUAAUAGUUUGUUUAGAAACUGACAUCAGUGCUGUAGAAGAGUUUGCUCCGUGAUACCAAUUUUUUUUUUACCUCUAUUAGAUCCAGAUAUUCUUCUUGAUUAUAAAUCCUAAUGAUGCUUCAUGUAUGUUUGAAGUGUGUAGAUAUGACUAAAAUCGUUUUGUAGAGACGUAACCAGACCCAGACAGAAUCAACACUUUUUUUCAGAUUUUCUGUAGAUAAAAGACUGUGGAAUUUUCCAGUAUGGAUUUUAAAAAUCAGAAUUCUGAGUUGCUGAAAGCACGAUCAAAUUAGCCAAAUUAUUUAAUAAAUGAAAGGUUUGUAGAUGUUUAGAACUAGUUUGAGUUGUGCAGAAAUUCUGUGUGGGCCAGGACAUAAUCCUGUAUUUUGUUUAACCUUUAUUACCACAUUGUGGACAUGUUUUGUUGCCUUUAUGACUGGUGCUUAUAAUUGAGCCACUGACUUGCACCAAAUGCCAAAUUUGAGAGAUGUGAUUCACAAAUAUGUGAAAAUGUUUUUUUGUUGUUUUUUAUUUUUUUGGUGUUAAAAUGAAUAUUGUAAAAUUAAAUAGUUUUUGGUUGUUUUCAGUCUAAAUCAUUAAAGAUCUUUCUGUAACAUA